AUGUCCGAGUUCAUGGGUCUCAUCUCAGGCGACUACGAUGCCAAGGCCGGCGGCGAGGACGGGUUCCAGCCGGGAGGGGCCUCGCUGCACAACGUCAUGGCGGCGCAUGGCCCGGACGCUAGCACGUUCGAUAAGGCGAGCAGCGCGGAGUUGGCGCCGCAGAAGGUUGGGGCGGGAAGCAUGGCGUUCAUGUUUGAGAGCUCGCUCAUGUUGGGCGUCACGGAUUGGUCGUUGGUUAGGUGUCAGAAAGUACAGGAGGAGUAUGUGGAGCAUAGCUGGGGGAAUUUGCAGAGGAGAUUCAAGGGACUGGUGAAGGAGUAG